AUGGCGCGCGUCUACGCCGACGUCAACCAGAACAUGCCCCGUAGUUACUGGGACUACGACAGCGUCAACAUCAGCUGGGGAGUUCUCGAGAACUACGAGGUCGUUCGCAAGAUCGGCCGGGGCAAGUACUCCGAGGUCUUUGAGGGCAUCAACGUCGUCAACUAUCAGAAGUGCGUCGUCAAGGUUCUCAAGCCUGUUAAGAAGAAGAAGAUCAAGCGAGAGAUCAAGAUCCUGCAGAAUCUGGCGGGUGGCCCCAACGUCGUUGCGCUGCUCGAUGUCGUGCGAGACUCUCAGAGUAAGACACCGUCUCUCAUUUUCGAGUAUGUCAACAACACCGACUUCCGAAGCCUGUACCCCAAGUUCAACGACCUUGACGUGCGAUUCUACAUCCUGGAGCUGCUCAAGGCUCUGGACUACUGCCACAGCAAGGGAAUCAUGCACAGAGACGUCAAACCUCAUAACGUUAUGAUCGACCAUGAGAACAGAAAGCUGCGUCUGAUUGAUUGGGGCUUGGCUGAAUUCUACCAUCCUGGAACCGAAUACAACGUGCGUGUUGCAUCUCGUUACUUCAAGGGACCCGAGCUGCUAGUCGAUUUCCAGGAGUACGACUACAGCCUCGAUAUGUGGAGUCUCGGCGCCAUGUUUGCCUCCAUGAUCUUCCGGAAAGAACCAUUCUUCCACGGCAACAGCAACUCGGAUCAGCUUGUCAAGAUCGCUAAGGUCCUUGGCACAGACGAUCUUUUUGACUACCUUGACAAGUACGAAAUUGAGUUGGAUGCACACUUUGUCACAUCGGAAAACCAGCGUUUUGUCUCUAACGAAGCCAUCGACUUCCUUGAUAAGCUGCUACGCUACGAUCACCAGGAGCGUCUCACGGCAAAGGAGGCCCAGGCCCAUGCCUAUUUCAACCCUGUUCGGGAUCCUGAAGUUUUCAAGCAGAACUUGAUCGGCGCUAACGGAGGACCGUACAAGUCCUGA